UGUCAGCCUAGGGAACAGAGAGCAGCACAUCCACUAGGGGUGCAGAUUGGCCAUUCAGCUCAUUGAAUAGAGUGAGGUAUCUAUCCACAGCCAGCGAGCUAAACAGCCAGACCAAGUUAAUGUCCCAAGAUAACCACACAGAUACCAGUUGAUUGUGGCUGUAACACUAUUCUGCUCUCUGAUUAUUUUUUUCUUUCACUGCUCGUUAUGUGUGUGUCUUUUUUCGUACUCAUGUCUAGUAUGAUUUGACUGGACAGCAUGAAAGUCAAAAAUGUCACUAUCUCGUGACAAUAAUGAAUCAAUACCAAUACCAAAGGGACUGUACAUACAGCAGAGGGGUUAGAUACCCAUACACAGAGACAGACUGCAGAGACCACAACACAAACACUGGAUAGAGAGCAGUAUAGGCAGCUGGGGGACAGAGUACAUUUAUUAAGGGACACAGUAUUAAAUGCAUGCAGAAGUAUAUAAGGCAGCAUUUGCAGCCAGUGAGUAGAGAGCAAUUUAUUGAGUCGGGGAGUUAAUGAGUAGUGCACAAAAUACACACCUAGGUGAAUAGAUAACAAUGUAUUCAUCCAGGGCGACAGAGAGCAGUUUAUACAUUUAAGGAGGCAGGCUUAUACACCAGGGUAUAGAGCAAAGUACUUUCAGGUGAGAGGUUUGAGAUUAGUGUAUAACAAAUUCCAAUAGAUGAUCUGCAUUUCAAAGUUUUGAAAGAAGUGGCUAUUGGAUGACUAACGGGUAAUGGCGAGUCAGGGUACAUGAGGGAGAUUUAAAUUCUGAUUGAAUGUUGCCAGAAGAGUAAUCUUGCUCUGAACAUCUGCAAGAUCAAGGAAUUGACAGUUACCUUUAGAAGAGGACAGCUGAGGAUCCACAAACUUGUCAUUGUCGAUGGGUUAGUGUAGGCGAGAGACCAAUUUCAAGUUCCUAGGCAUGCACAUCUCUGAAUACCUGUCCUGGGCCCAGCACAUUGAUGUAAUCACAAAUGCCCAUCAACGCCUCUAUGUUCUUAAAAUAUUGAGGAGAUUUAGUAUGUCGACAAAUACUCUCUUGAAUGUCCACAGGUGUAUGGUAGAAAGCAUACUGACCAGUUGUAUCAAGAUCUAGUUCAGCAACUCGAAUAUCCAGGAAUGAAGAUGACAGAAUGGUAGACACUGCCGAGUCCAUCACAGGUACUAACGUCCCCACAAUCAAAGGAAUCUAUCGAACAUGCUGCCUCAAAAAGGCAACCAAUAUCAUCAAGGACUCGCAUCACUCUGGCCAUGCUCUCAUUUCAUAUUAGGAAGAAAGUAUAGGAGUCUGAAAACCGUGAUCACCUGGCCAAGAAUAGCUUCUUCCCAGCAAUCAUCAGGUUCAAUCACACAAUACUAACUUCAACUAUGAACUUCUUUAGACUUUACUUGCACUAACGACUGCAGGUUUUUUUGCACAAGUAUUGUUUAGUAUAUUAUUAGUUUAGAGAUAUAGCAAGGAAGGCCCUUUGGCCUACCGAGUCCGCACCAACCAGUGCAGGGGAGAGGUAUGUUUUUUUUUUGCCUUCACAGCGAGGAGAAGGUGCGCUGUGAAGGAUGUUUGUGUAAAUUGUGUUGUGUCUUGGGUCUUUUUCGUUUUGUAUGUAUGACUGCAGAAACGACAUUUCGUUUGGACCUCAUCGGGGUCCACACGAUAAAUAAAUUGUAUUGUAUACCCGCACAUUUACACUAUCCUACACACACUAGGGACAAUUUACACUUAUACCAAGCCAAUUAACCUACAAUCUUGUACUUUGGAGUUGGAGAAAACCCACGCGGUUACGGGGAGAGUGUAAAACUCCAUACAGACAGCACCCGUAGUCGCAAUCGUACCAGGGUUUCUGGCGCUGUAAGACGACAACUCUACCGCUGCACUACCGUGGUUGUUAAUUUAUUGGGGUUUUUUGUUUAUUAUAUUUAAUCUGUGUGUAUUGCCUUUGCCUGUUACUCCGCUGCGAAUAAUAAUUGCAUUGUUCCGUUGUUGGUGUAUAUGACGACAUGACUGUAGGGGUGACCUGUAUAGUGGGGAGGGAUUGACAAAUUGGAAGUAUAAAGAUGGAGUUGAAGGGGAAGUGAGUACAGGAAAAAUUACAAAGACUCCCAAAUUAAUGGAAAGGAAAGUUUGAGAAGGGAUAAGAGAGUAAGGUCAGGGCCAAUUGUGAGAGGGGAGGUGAAAACGGAGGACAAAGUGUUGUGUAUGAAUGCACGGAGUAUAAGAAAUAAAGUGGACGAGCUCGAGGCUCAGUUAGAAAUUGGCAAGUAUGAUGUUGUGGGAAUUACAGAGACAUGGCUGCAAGAGGGCUGGGAGCUGAAUAUUCAAGGCUAUACCUUUAAUCGAAAAGACAAACCGAUGAGCAGACGGGGUGGGGUAGCUCUGUUGGUGAGGAAUGAAAAUCAGUCCCUUGCAAGGGGUGACAUUGAAACAGGAGAUGGGGAGUCAUUGUGAAUUGAAUUAAGGAAUUGUAAGGAUAAAAAGACCCUAUUGGGAUGUACAGGCCCUCAAACAGUGGCCUAGAUAUGGGGUGCAAGUUGAAUCGGGAGUUAAAAUUGGCAUGUAGUGAAGGUAAUGCUACGGUUGUUAUGGGUGAUUUCAACAUGCAGGUAGACUGGGAAAAUCAGGUUGUUACUGGACUCCAAGAAAGGGAGUUUGUGGAGUGCCUCCGUGAUGGAUUCUUAGAGCAGCUUGUAUUGGAGCCUACCAGGGAGAAGGCAAUUCUGGAUUUAGUGUUAUGAAAUGAAGCAGAUUUGAUAAAGGAACUUGAGAUUAAGGAGCCAUUAGGAGGUAGUGACCAUAACAUGGUCAGGUUUAAUCUACAAUUGGAGAGGGAGAAGGGUAAAUCGGAGGUGUCAGUGUUACAGUUGAACAAAGGGGACUAUGGAGCCAUGAGGUUGGAGCUGGCCAAAGUUGACUGGAAAGAUACCCUAGCAGGGAUGACAGUGGAACAACAAUGGCAGGUAUUUCUGGGAAUAAUACAGAAGGUGCAGGAUCAGUUCAUUCCAAAGAGGAAGAAAGAUUCCAACUGGAGUAAGGGGCGACCGUGGCUGACAAGGGACGUCAGGGACAGUAUAAAAAUUAAAGAGAAGAAGUACAAUGUAGCAAAGAUGAGCGGGAAGCAAGAGGAUUGUGUAAUGUUUAAAGAGCAACAGAAGAUAACUACAAAGGCAAUACGGGGAGAAAAGAUUUGGAACGAAAGUAAGCUAGCCAAGAAUAUAAAGGAGGAUAGAAAACGCUUAUUUAGGUAUGUGAAGAGGACAAAAAUAGUUAAGACCAAAGUUGAACCCUUGAAGACUGGAAAAAGGUGAAUUUAAUAUAGGGAACGAAGAAUUGGCAGAUGAGUUGAACAGGUACUUUGGAUCCAUCUUCACUAAGGAGGACACAAACAAUCUUCCUGAUGUACUAGUGGCCAGAGGAUAUGGGGUUGACAGAGGAACUGAAGGAAAUCCACAUUAGGCGGGAAAUGGUGGUAGGUAGACAGCUGGGACUGAAGGCUGAUGAAUCACGAGGGCCUGAUGGUCUGCAUCUCAGGGUACUUAAGGAAGUGGCUCUAGAAAUCGUGGAUGCAUUUGCGAUAAUUUUCCAAUGUUCUAUUGAUUCAGGAUCAGUUCCUGUGGAUUGGAGGGUAGCUAAUGUCAUCCCAUUUUUUAGGAAAGGUGGGAGAGAUAAAACGGAAUUAUAGACCAGUUAGCCUGACAUCGGUGGUGGGGAAGAUGCUGGAGUCAAUCAUAAAAGAUAAAAUAGCCACACAUUUGGAUAGCAGUAACAGGAUCGGUCUGAGUCAGCAUGGAUUUAUGAAAGGGAAAUCAUGCUUGACUAAUCUUCUGGAAUUUUUUGAGGAUGUAACUAGGAAAAUGGACAAGGGAGAGCCAGUGGAUGUAGUGUGCCUGGACUUUCAGAAAGCAUUUGGUAAGGUCCCACAUAGGGGAAUAGUGGGCAAAAUUAGGGCACAUGGUAUUGGGUGGGGGCGGAGUGCUGACAUGGAUAGAAAAUUGGUUGGCCGACAGGAAACAGAGUAGGGAUUAACGGGUCCCUUUCAGAAUAGCAGGCAGUGGCUAAUGAGGUACCACAAGGCUCGGUGCUGGGACCGGAGCUAUUUACAAUAUACAUCAAUGAUUUAGAUGAAGGGAUACAAAGCAAUGUUAGCAAAUUUGCAGAUGACUCAGAGCUGCUGUGAAUUUGGAAGCAACAGCAGGAGAAGAUAAGCAAGAUAAAACACUGAUUGGCUCUAGCCCAAGUGGGAGGAGAGUUAGAAGUGAGUCAGAGGGGGGAAAACAGUUGAAAACUGAGGAAUUUGGUUUGUAAAUUGGUAAAUUAGGCAAUUUAUCAGUCAAUAUAAACAAGACGGCUAUUGGGGAGAGGCACGCUGGAGAGGGAGAGACGAAAGAAGGAGAUGUCAGGCAAGCUGAUUCAGUGUGAUGCUUGCAGUAUGUGGGAGGUCAAGGACACCGCUGGUGCCUCUGGCUGCUACAAAUGUGAGAAGUGCAUCCAGGUAGAGCUCCUGAAAGACCGUGUUGGGGAACUGGAGAAGCAAGUGGAUGACCUCGGGUUCGUCCGAGAAACGGAGUCUUUCCUCGACAAGUCCUACAGUACGAUUGUUACAUCUAAGGUACUGGAAGAGAGAAGGUGGGAGACGGUGAGAAAGGGAGGGAAGCAUGGAAUGCCAACGUCCCCGGGUGUUGUACCUCUUGUGAACAGGUUCACCGACUUAGAAGCUGUCGGGACUGAGGACGUUUUUACACUGAGCGGCGGACUGGCUUGCGAUGCAAAUAGGGCUGUUGAGCCAAAACCAAAUAGACCAAAGUCAGGCAACGCCAUUGUAGUGGGAGACUCCAUUGUGAGAGGUACAGACAGGAGUUUCUACGGCAACAGACGGGAUGCGAGGAUGGUGUGCUGCCUUCCUGGUGCCAGGAUCCAGGAUGUCACGGACAGAGUGCAGAAAAUCCUCAAGGGCGAAGGUGAGCAGCCAGAAGUGGUAGUGCAUGUCGGCACAAACGAUGUCGGAAAGAAGGGGAUGAAUAUUCUGCAGUGUGACUUUAGAGAGCUCGGAAAAAUGCUGAAAAGCAGGACCUCCAGGGUUGUUAUCUCCGGUUUGCUUCCAGUUCCUCGUGCUGGCGAGAGCAGGAACAAUGAGAUACGGGACCUGAAUGGGUGGCUGAGGAACUGGUGCAUGGGGCAGGGAUUUAGAUUCUUAGAUCACUGGGAUCUGUUUUGGAGUAAGGGGGAACUGUACAAAAGGGACGGAUUGCAUCUUAACAGGUGGGGGACCAGCAUUCUGGCAGGCAGGGUUGCCACUGCUACACGUGUGGUUUUAAACUGAACAAAGGUGGGGUGUUAAAUGGGAUAGUGGAGGGUGGAGUUAAAGGGAAAGGGUUUCUUAAAUGAGUGAGCGGAGAGACAGAGGGGUGUAAAAUGAGGGUAGAAGCAAUAGGUAGCAAGGUGAAAAGUAAAAGUGGCAGACAGACGAAUCCAGGGCAAAAAUCAAAAAGGGACACUUUUCAACAUAAUUGUAUAAGGGGUAAGAGUGUUGUAAAAACAAGCCUGAAGGCUUUGUGUCUCAAUGCAAGGAGCAUUCGUAAUAAGGUGGAUGAGUUGAAUGUGCAGAUAGCUAUUAAUGACUAUGAUAUAGUUGGGAUCACGGAGACAUGGCUCCAGGGUGAUCAAGGCUGGGAGCUGAACAUCCAGGGAUAUUCAAUAUUCAGGAGGGAUAGUCAGAAAGGAAAAGGAGGUGGGGCAGCAUUGCUGGUUAGAGAGCAGAUUAACUCAAUGGAAAGGAAGGACAUUAGCUUGGAGGAUGUGGAAUCGAUAUGGGUAGAGCUGUGAAACACUAAGGGGCAGAAAAAACUAGUGGGAGUUGUAUACAGGCCACCUAACUGUAGUAGUGGAGUUGGGGAUGGCAUCAAACAGGAAAUUAGAAAUGCGUGCAACAAAGGUAAAACAGUUAUAAUGGGUGACUUCAAUCUACAUAUAGAUUGGGUGCAUCAAAUUGGCAUGGGUGCUGAGGAAGAGGAUUUCUUGGAAUGUAUGCGGGAUAGUUUUAUAAACCAACAUAUAGAGGAACCAACGAGAGAGCAGGCUAUUCUAGACUGGGUAUUGAGUAAUGAGGAAGGGUUAGUUAGCAGUCUUGUUGUAGGUGGCCCCUUGGGCAAGAGUGACCAUAAUAUGGUUGAGUUCUCAUUAGGAUGGAGAGUGACAUUGUCAAUUCAGAAACAAGGGUCCUGAACUUAAAGAAAGGUAACUUUGAGGGUAUGAGACUUGAAUUGGCCAAGAUAGACUGGCAAUUGAUUCUUAAUGGGUUGACAGUGGAUAUGCAAUGGAAGGCAUUUAAAGACUGCAUGGAUGAACUACAACAAUUGUUCAUCCCAGUUUGGCAAAAAAAAAAAAUCAGGGAAGGUAGUACAUCCAUGGAUAACAAGGGAAAUCAGGGAUAGCAUCAAAGCAAAGGAUGAAGCAUACUAAUUAACCAGAAAAAGCAGCCUACCAGGGGACUGGGAGAAAUUCAUAGUCCAGCAGAGGAGGACAAAGGGCUUAAUUAGGAAACGGAAAAUAGAUUAUGAAAGAAAACUGGCAGGGAACAUAAAAACUGACUGCAAAGGUUUUUAUAGAUAUGUGAAGAGAAAAAGAUUAGUUAAAACAAAUGUAGGUCCCUUGCAGUCAGAAACAGGUGAAUUGAUCAUGGGGAACAAGGAAAUGGCAGACCAAUUGAAUAACUACUUUGGUUCUGUCUUCACUAAGGAAGACAUAAAUAAUCUGCCGGAAAUAGCAGGGGACCGUGGGUCAAAGGAGAUGGAGGAACUCAGUGAAAUCCAGGUAAUCCGGGAAGUGGUGUUAGGUAAAUUGAAUGGAUUAAAGGCCGAUAAAUCCCCAGGGCCAGAUAGGCUGCAUCCCAGAGUACUUAAGGAAGUGGCUCCAGAAAUAGUGGAUGCAUUAGUGACAAUUUUUCAAAACUCUUUAGAUUCUGGAGUAGCUCCUGAGGAUUGGAGGGUAGCUAAUGUAACCCCACUUUUUAAAAAGGGAGGGAGAGAGAAAAUGGGGAAUUACAGACCAGUUAGUCUAACGUCGGUAGUGGGGAAACUGCUAGAGUCAGUUCUUAAAGAUGGGAUAGCAGCACAUUUGAAAAGUGGUGAAAUCAUUGGACAAAGUCAGCAUGGAUUUAUGAAAGGUAAAUCAUGUCUGACGAAUCUUAUAGAAUUUUUCGAGGAUGUAACUAGUAGAGUGGAUAAGGGAGAACCAGUGGAUGUGUUAUAUCUGGACUUUCAGAAGGCUUUUGACAAGGUCCCACAUAAGAGAUUAGUAUACAAACUUAAAGCACACGGUAUUAAGGGUUCAGUAUUGAUGUGGAUAGAGAACUGGCUGGCAGACAGGAAGCAAAGAGUAGGAGUAAACGGGUCCUUUUCACAAUGGCAGGCAGUGACUAAUGGGGUACCGCAAGGCUCAGUGCUGGGACCCCAGCUAUUUACGAUAUAUAUUAAUGAUUUGGACGAGGGAAUUGAAUGCAACAUCUCCAAGUUUAUGGAUGACACGAAGCUGGGGGGCAGUGUUAGCUGUGAGGAGGCUGCAAGGUGAUUUGGAUAGGCUGGGUGAGUGGGCAAAUGCAUGGCAGAUGCAGUAUAAUGUGGAUAAAUGUGAGGUUAUCCACCUUGGUGGCAAAAACAGGAAAGUAGACUAUUAUCUGAAUGGUGGCCGAUUAGGAAAAGGGGAGAUGCAACGAGACCUCGGUGUCAUGGUACACCAGUCAUUGAAAGUAGGCAUGCAGGUGCAGCAGGCAGUGAAGAAAGCAAAUGGUAUGUUAGCAUUCAUAGCAAAAGGAUUUGAGUAUAGGAGCAGGGAGGUUCUACUGCAGUUGUACAGGGUCUUGGUGAGACCACACCUGGAGUAUUGCGUACAGUUUUGGCCUCCUAAUCUGAGGAAAGACAUUCUUGCCAUAGAGGGAGUACAGAGAAGGUUCACCAGACUGAUUCCUGGGAUGUCAGGACUAUAUGAAGACAGACUGGAUAGACUUGGUUUGUACUCGCUAGAAUUUAGAAGAUUGAGGGGGGAUCUUAUAGAAACUUACAAAAUUCUUAAGGGGUUGGACAGGCUAGAUGCAGGAAGAUUGUUCCCGAUGUUGGGGAAGUCCAGAACAAGGGAUCACUGUUUAAGGAUAAGGGGGAAAUCUUUUAGGACCGAGAUGAGAAAAACAUUUUUCACACAGAGAGUGAUGAAUCUCUGGAAUUCUCUGCCACAGAAGGUAGUUGAGGCCAAUUCAUUUUUAAGAGGGAGUUAGAUGUGGCCCUUGUGUCUAAAGGGGUCAGGGGGUAUGGAGAGAAGGCAGGUACAGGAUACUGAGUUGGAUGAUCGGCCAUGAUCAUAUUGAAUGGCGGUGCAGGCUCGAAGGGCUAAAUGGCCUACUCCUGCACCUAUUAUCUAUGUUUCUAUGGCACAAAUCUGGGUGGCAGUGUGAACUGUGAGGAGGAUGCUAUGAGAUUGCAGGGUGUCUUGGACAGUUUGGGUGAAUGGGCAGGUGCAGUUUAAUGUGGAUAAAUGUGAGGUUAUCCACUUUGUUAGCAAAAACAGGAAGGCAGAUUAUUAUCUAAAUGGUAUCAAGUUGAGAAAAGGGAAUGUACAAUGGGAUCUGGGGGUCCUUGUUCAUCAGUCAAUGAAAGUAAGCUUGCAGGUUCAGCAGGCAGUGAAGAAAGCGAAUGGCAUGUUGGCCUUCAUAACCAGAGGAAUUGAGUAUAGGAGCAAAGAGGUCCUUCUGCAGUUGUGCAGGGCUCUAGUGAGACCACACCUGGAUUAUUAUGUCCAGUUUUGGUCCACUAAUUUGAGGAAGGACAUUCUUGCUAUUGAGGGAGUGCAGCGUAGGUUUACAAGGUUAAUUCCCGGGAUGGCGGGACUGUCGUAUGCUGAAAGAAUGGAGCGACUGGGCUUGUAUACUCUGGAAUUUAGGAUGAGAGAGGAUCUUAUUGAAACAUGUAUGAUUAUAAAGGGUUUGUACACGUUAGAGGCAGGAAACAUGUUCCCGAUGUUGGGGGAGUCCAGAACCAGGGGCCACAGUUUAAGAAUAAGGAGUAAGCCAUUUAGAACGGAGAUGAGGAAACACUUUUUCACACAGAGUUGUGAGUCUGUGGAAUUCUCUGCCUCGGAGGGCGGUGGAGGCCGGUUUUCUGGAUACUUUCAAGAGAGAGCUAGAUAGGGCUCUUAAAGAUAGCGGCGUCAGGCGAUAUGGGGAGAAGGCAGGAACGGGGUACUGAUUGGGGAUGAUCACAUUGAAUAGCGGUGCUGGCUCAAAGCGUUGAAUGGCCUACUCCUGCACCUAUUGUCUAUUGACAAUUCAGGUAGUGGAUGCUCUGAUUAGCAUCUUCCAAAAUUCUAUUGAUUCCUGCCAUUAGAGGUAAGCACUGCUUAAGGAAGUAGGAUAAGAGAAAACAGGGAACCAUUAACUUGAUAUUGUGACAUUGUUGGUGUCAUCAACUGUCGGGGAGAUUGUAUUAAGACACUUAGAAAAUAAUAAUGAUUGAGAAGAGAUAUGGAUCCAUGGAAAACAAAAAUCAUGUUUAAUUCAUCUAUUAGAAUUCUUUGAAUUGAUAAAGACAUAUGAAACAGGAUUAGAAUGGGUCCUUUGGCCAUUCUCCAAAACCAUGCUGAUCUCCCACCGCAGUGUCAUUUUCAGCACUUUCCCACAUCUGUUAACUGCAUAAAUUCACGACUUUCCUUUAAUUUGACAGUGACUGAGCUUUCAGGCAUCCAGGGCAGAGAAUUCUACAGCUUCACCACCGUCAGCGAAGAAACCUCUUCACAUCCUAGUCCAACAUGGCCUGUCCCGUUCAUGCAUCCAGACUGCCAAGCUGUUCAAGAAUUUUUAUUUGUUUUUUCUCAUUCUCUAUACUUAGGAGAAGAAAAAAAACAGUUGCAGUCUAUUAAAUCUCAACUCAUAUUGGCAAAAUCACCUUUAGAACCAGCUACUGCAAUUCUUCAAUGGCAAGCACAUCCUUUGUUAGUGGAAUGGCAGUGAAGAGAGUCAACAUCUUUAAGUUCCUGGAGUGCACAUCUCGGAUGAUUUGUCCUGGGCCCAGCAGGUUGAUUAAAUCACAAAGAAAACUUCUACUUCCUUAGAAGAAUUGGAAAUUCAGCAUGUCACCGAAUACUGUAUCGAAUUUCUGCAGUUAUAGUGGAGGGUGUACUGACUGGUUGCAUCACGGCAUGGUUUGGUCAUUCGAAAGCCCAAGAACGAAGGGGGCUACAGAAAGUGGUGGCAAUUGUCCUCCAUAACAGGUAUUGACCUCCCCACCAUUGAAGGGAUCGACAGGAAGUAUUGCAUCAAGAAAACAGCUAACAUCAUCAGACCCCCACCACCCUGGCCAUGCUCUCUUCUCACAGCUACCAUUGGGGAGAUGAUACCGAAGACUGAGAACUGUGACCUCCAGGUUCAAGAACAGUUUAUUUGCAUCAAUCAUUGGGUCCUCGAAACACCUUUCACAAUCCUAACUACAGCCUACUUCAGUACCAAACUAGUAUGGACUUUGUACAAGGUUGCACUAUGUAUUUAAUCUUUUAAACUAUUAUUGUUUGGUUACCUCGUAUAACUGAUGUUAUUGCAUUACUGUUUAUGUAUAUUUAUUUGUCAUGUUGUGGCUUCAAUGUGCCUUUAAAGUCAAGUCAAGUUUUUUUGUCACAUACACAUACGAGAUGUGCAGUGAAAUGAAAGGUGGCAAUGCUCGCGGACUUUGUGCAAAAAGACAAACAACCAAACAAACUAUAAACACAGUCAUAAACACACACAUUUUCUUUUACAUAUAAAGCUACAGGAAGUACGAGUUUCAUUGUUCUGAUUGGAUGCAUAUGACGAUUAAACACUCUGGCAUCUUUUAUCUCCGUUUGCUACUUUAAAGGCCCUAAUUGUACAUUGUUCAAAUCCAAAGGUAAAAUAGUACACUUUAUGGUCACACUCCCUAAAGGUCCCUUGACAAUAACAUUAUUAGUCAGCAACUGCUUCAGAAGCAUAAUUGCACAUCAUUUUCUGAUUCCUGCAAAGCCAUCCAUCAAAUCGGAAAUAGGAAAAUGUCAUAAAAUAGGAAAUGAGAAAGGAAAGGUUUAGAGGGAUAUGGAUCAAGCGUAGGCACAUGGGACUAGCUUAGAUGGGGCAUCUUGGUCAGGAUGGGUGGGUUGGGCCAUAAGACCUGUUUAAAAAGUCUGGCCAGUAAUGGGGCAAGAGAGAUCCUGUAGCUGGGAACCAGAUAGAUCUGGAACCUGGUGCAGUGGAUGGCAACUGACAAGCAAGGGUCUGAAGCAAGAAUGUGAAGAAGGGUCUGCACCAGAAACGUCACCAAUCCAUGUUCUCCAGAGAUGCUGCCUGACCCGCUAAGUUACUCCAGCACUUGGUGUCUUUUUUUUUUGUAAACCAACAUUUGUGGUUCUUUGUUUCGAAGGGUCCUUCACAGCCUUGUUGAUGUUCUAGAGUGACCCAAUUGGCCAUGGUUUUCUAUUAUGAAAAUAAAAAUGAUUUGCACACA